GCCAAUGCUCUCCUCCCUCAGACUACUUUAGUUCCAGCAGAAGAAUUCUUACCCAGACAGAACUGGACGAUGAGAAGAAGCUGAGAGGUUCUGGGCAUCACACUCUGGUGCUCCAUCCACCUUCUGCAGGUGAGGACAAGGUGGUCACAAGGACAAAGGGAAACAAGAGCUUCCAUAUCCUGUUCACCCCCACAGACGAAGUUUCUCCUUUACGUUGAUUCUUCCUGACCAUGGAUAGAUCCACGCAAGAGCUUUUCCUCAACUUUAUGAUAGUUCUGAUAACAGUACUGCUCAUGUGGCUUCUGGUGAAGUCUUAUCAAGACUGAAAGACUCAUACUCCUGGAAUCAUGGAAGGAUCUGCUUCUGGUGAAGGAUGAGGAUGCUACUCCUCAGAAGUGCUUCUCGGUGUGCUCCAAGUUUUAAUGUAGAAAAAAAUGUAAUGCAUUUUUUAAAAAAUCAAAAUACCUCAUUUAUAUGUAUCUAACAAUUCAGCUGGAUUUAAGAAGGUGUACAUUAAUUUCUCUUCAAAGCACGGCAUAAACGCUCUUUUAGCUGAAUUUCUUUUCGUAAAUGAUGGGUGUAUCUCACUUAGAAUCACGAUAGUAACUACAAACAUGACAACUCAUUAAUGCAUUAACUUAUCGUGACUUCGACACUCAUGAAGGCUUCAUUGUUUCAGUUUUAUGUAAUCAGUUAGUGGACAUAUGCUGCUCUACCAUUGUUAUCAUUUGGAUAAAAAAUAACAUUUGAUGCGC